GUGCAGAAUGAAGACAUUUUUCUAUCCAUCUGCUUAACUGACCACCCUCCAAAGAUGUCUGGCCAAGAUGUCCCCAGCCAAUUAUGUCGAGAGGCCAACCAACAUCUUACCCAAGAAGAAUUCUCAUUGGCCGCUGCGUUCUUUAUGGCAGCAUUUAGCUGUAAUGCGCCCAUUGCUCUUCAGAGAGUCAAGUCUCUGGAUGAUGAACAGCACCAGGAAAUGAUCAAUACUCUGGAGAAAUGGUGCUUAGGGGAUGCUGAAAUACCAAAAAUAAAGUGUGAUGGCAUGGCCAUUGUAUCACUCAAUCCUGGGAUUGCGGCGGUGUUCCUUUCUACGAUCUGCCCAAACAAUAUUGCGUCCUCUUUGUUUAAAAUGGGCACGUUCCUUAGAACGGGUCGCUACGAAGAUGUGGUGAGCAGGUGCAACUCGUUACUGAACACCCACCCCCAGCAUUCCUCCAAACUUUUGUUGACCCGAGGUCUGGCGUGGAUUUUGUCUCAAACCUACUCAAGAAACGGGGUUGUUGAUUACAUUCAAGUGUUCACCAAGUACAAGGACGAGGCCAGGCAAUAUAUCUGCACAAAGCAAAGAGAAUAUUUGCCUCAAGUCAUUCGUGCUUUCCAUGACUACAUUUCCUCUUAUGAAAACAAUAACACGGAAGGAAAUAUUAAAGUUGUGCUCCAUGAUUGUUACAGUUUUCUGGCCGCGUUGGCUCCCGAUGACCUCCAGAUAUGUAAGACUCAAGCAGCUUACUUAUUUGAGGAAUGUAAAUUUGAAGAAUGUAUAGCCGUGUAUUCUAGAGCCAUCGAGGCCUUGUCUUUAGAAACCAAGAUCAAAGAGGAGAAGAUAUCUUGUCUUCUGGUAGAUCGGGCUGCAGCCUACUAUUCUUUGGGUUGUAGGACAAAAGAAAUGGUACAGGACUUGGCCCAGGCCUUCAGGGUCAGCCCAGCUCAUGCCAGGAAAAGGUUCACAGAGAUCUUUUCCAGUGCAGAUGUUGCAAGGGUGAUGGAGCGUUCCAAGGCUUGUAUUGAAAUGGAAUUUGGAGACUUCCGAGAAGCUGUUCGCGCUCAUACAGAGCUCAGAUCUGACAUUGGUACGGACCUCCUUCUACCGAUCAUGCAAGCUUUGCAGUUUUUAAUUCAGUGCUGCCCAGAGAGCAGGCGUGAAAUGAACAUCCGUUUGGCAGACUGCAAACUUUUAGCCGGGGACUUCCGAACCUGCUUGGACAUCUGCAACCAGCUGAUUAACUCCGAGAAGAAGACCUAUCAGAACACCUUAUACGUUCUACGAGGCUUUUGUCUCUUCCACCUCAAUGAACACCAGCAGGCCUUGAAGGACUUUCAGAAUAUUAUAGAGGAUGAGUCACCUCAUCCGUCCAGUUGCAUCAAAGCUCUUUGCGGGAGAGGACUGGUCCGAAUGGUAAGUGGUAGCACGUAUCUGACCGCCCUAGACUACAUUACAGCCUGCAAACUUAAACUGGAUGAGACUUUCCUUACCACUAAAACCUAUGUGCCAUGGAACCAAAGAGGUCUUCUCUAUAAAGUGUUGCAGGAAGAAGGUGAGAAGGUGCUACAAAAGAAGCCCUCCGGUGACUCCGGUCGUAACCUCAGUAGGAAAAAGACAGGAGAGAAAGAUGGAGCUUCAUCCAAGGAAUGUGAUGUUUCGGGUGUCCACCAGCUGGCCAUGCUCCUGAUGAUGCUGGACCCCACGGACGACCUGUGCCGCAUCCUAUGUACCGAUGCUCUCUAUCAGAUGGACCGCAUAGAAGAAGCCCAUAAGAUGCUCUCUUUGGCCCUCAACAGCAGCUCUCAGAGGUCCCCUGUUCUUGCCAGAUUAGCUCUGCUGCAGCUGAAAAAGGGCUUCAUAUACGACGGGAACCAGCUCAUCAAGAAAGUUAUACAGCUGGGUGACACUUCCUGCCUUUUGCCCAUCAUGGAUAUUUUCAUAGAAGAGGACCGCAGACUGAUGCGGAGUCACUGCCACGCCAAGGGCAUGUCCAUACUACAAAGCAGGCAGGGGGAGGAUUACCUAAAGGAGGCCGUGGCCUAUUUAUCGUUCGCUAUUAUAGCAUCAGGAGGCCAUGCCAAGGACUCGCUGCUGGCCAGAGGCAGAUGUUACGGGCAGCUGGGACAGAAGAAGACGGCGAUAUUCGAUUUCAACACCAUGCUGAAGGAGGAACCCGACAAUGUGGAAGCUCUGUGUGCAAAAGGAUUCAUGCAGAUGUCUAUGAACCAGCAGAAGGAAGCGGUGGGUUGCGUCACGCUGGCGCUCCGAUCGGACGCGGCCUACGUCGCACGAGAGAUGUGCGCUUUGAAGCCAGAGGCUCAGCUCCUGAUCACUGAUUGGCUGCACGACCACUGCAGGACGUCGUUAGAAGAAACGCUGAACGCCGAUAAGAGUUUUCAGGACGACCCAGCGGGCCGAGACCUGGAGCUGAUCACCACGGCGCUGAUCCAUAUGGAGGACGCACAGGCCAAGAGCCAUCUCUUAUACAUCGACAUGCUCAUUGCGAAGGGGAAUCACGAGGAGGCUUUCACCCACCUGAAGAAGUCUUUCACCAACAGCGCCAUCGAUGAAUCCGCCAAGGCGCGAUACGGCAUUCUCCACGUCAAGUGUCGCAAUGUCCUCGCCGCGGCUCAGGAACUCUCGACGCUGGCUGGGAAGAACCCCAAAGAACUGGAGAGUCUGGUGAAGUUCCUGGACAAGAGGCAACGACAAAGCCUGUCACAGAUUGCUGGACAAGAAGGCAAUUCACUUCUCCAGGAGAACCGUCAUGAGAAAGCUCUAGAAUAUUUCUCCCUGGCCGUCAUCGCCAGCAACAACAACCCCAAGUACCUCCGUCUCCGAGCCUCGUGCCUCACCCACCUGGGAAAUUAUAAUGGCGCAGUGAGCGACAUGGACAUGGCCAUCCAGCGGCACAGCGCUAACGACCUAAGGACUCAAGUAGAGGACUUCUGUUUUAAGGGCCACGUGCUGCUGCUGGAAGGGGAGGAGGAGGCCUCGUGCCGACAGUAUGUGAAGGCCGUGAGCCUGGACAGCACGUUUGCAUUGGCUGCCAUUAGCGAUUCUCCAGGAAGGACGAGGCUGGUGCAGAUAUUCAGCCAUACGGCACAUAAAUACUUUGAGCAGAAACUGUUUGAAGAGUCCUGGAAGUUCACGGAAUGCGGACUGAUUAUUGAUGAAAACAGCCAAGAACUCAGGAAAUUAAAGGCCAGGAUUAAGCGGGAAGCCUCUGGAUGUAUCAUGCAUUGAUUA